UGAAAUGAGACAGUGGUAGAAUGCAGUCGAGCAAAUCGGGACCGAGAAGUCAGUCACGUCGCGUAGCUCCUUGCCAGAGAAGGAAGAUCCACGAUCAGCAAAGAUUCUUAAGUAUGGCAUCUGCAGGGUGUCGGUUUAUUUUACCGCUUAUGGUGGCUGCCGCCAUUAUAACCAAAAGUCAGGCUCAAUUUCGCUGUCCAGAGACUAAGGGCUUUUUUCCGGACCCUGAACAGUGCGAUCUUUACUACGCAUGCGUAGACGGGCAACCGGAAGAACGUCUAUGCAAGGACGGCCUCGUCUUCAGGGACGACAAUCCUAAAAAAGAUUUCUGUGACAUACCUGCGAACGUACCCUGCGGCGACCGCACCCUGCUACAGGAACCACAGGUCAGCAAACAAUGUCCACGCGCAAAUGGCUAUUUCAAACUUGACGAUCCAACCUCUUGCGAUCAUUUUGUGAACUGUAUCGACGGAGUCGCCCAAUUAAUGCCUUGCCCGCCGGGACUUGUUUACGAGGACAAGAUGGCCACCUGCGUGUGGCCUGCAGACGCCACGAGACUCUGCGAAGAUGUGAAACGUGAUGCUCUGGAUGAUGGAUUUACUUGUCCCGAGGGAGACGUCGCUGGACCACAAGGAAGAAUCUUGCCACAUCCUACUUAUCCUCAUCCUGAGGAUUGUGCCAAGUUUUACAUAUGCAGGAAUGGCGUAAGGCCACAAAAGGGCCAGUGCGAGUAUGGCACCGUUUACAAUGAAGAUAGCUUCAGGUGUACUGAUCCGGACAAUGUACCAGGAUGCGAGGACUAUUACAAGAAAAAGAACUGAGUCACGUGCCAACGUUAGCAAUGUAACCAACGACUUUUACUCCUUAAGAACAAUAAAUAUUUUAAUCUUA